AUGGCCUCUCACGCUCAUAUGCUUCUCAACCCGAGGGCUUAUAAAAAACAAAUUUCCAAGAAUGGGCAGCAAAACAUGAACCAUCAGCAGCGCGGCGCCGCAUCGCCUGCUGCGCCGCAAUCUGUCGCACACCAUCUGCUAAGUCCGCAACGUCCACCUUCCGCUCAUAGCGCGAGCCCGAUGCGCUCCCAGUACCCUUCGUCGACUGGUUCGACGAGCGCCAGUUCCUCUCCGCAACCACCGAGUACCAUGAUGCCGGACCUUGACUUUCAGUUUACGAAUACAUCCGAUAUAGACUUCAGUGACGGCAAACGGAGCGUGGAUUUGGUAGAUCUGGAUGAUGAUGCCGGCCUGAGGCACGGCAGCCUAAUCGAAAACAUGUAUGGGGUGGAACGACGGACUGGGACGCCUUACAAGCGCAUCAAAAUAGAUAACGAUAAUAAUGAGAAAACGAAGCGAGGACCUAUUGCGGGCAAUACUGGCCUAGGGGAAUAUAUGAAAGAAAACGACGGGGACACACUCAGUUCCACUGCGAUAACGCCAGACGUUGUCGAUCUGACCCUUGAUGCAUCGGCGAAUAAUAACGACGACGACGAUCUUCAAGUUACUGGAUCCAACAAUCUGAGUGUUCAGAGAGUGUGUUAUGGAAAGUUGGAAAAUGCGACAAUCCAGGCGUCGUUGAUUCCUAUGCCGGCGCCGCAGACAAUUCUAGGAGACUCCUCAUACUGGCCAUCGAUGAAGCUGGGAGUUCUCCGACAAGCGGGCCAGGGACACAAUCGAAUUGAGGUUUCGGAUCCGCAUGAGAAAGUUUUUGGUGUUGUCGACUCAAAGACUGCUGCGGUGAUUGUACCCCUCCUGGACUCCCCAGCUUUGAAGGUGGAAAUUACUGCUCGUCUGGAUUUGCGCAAAAAGCUACCUCAAGAAGUGCCAUGGAGUCCUUGCUCCUCAAGCUUUCGAGCAUCAAUUAAUCUAUAUGGUCUCCGCCAGGAUGCGGAGAGGGUUGGCAAUUAUCUUGGUCAACACAACGUUUGGCUUGCCACCCCAUUUUCGGUUGAGCAAGGUGUCCCUGUUUUUAACCCACACGCCGAGAGAAGGCGCCUGCAGCCGAACUGGACACCGACAGGAGCACAGCGGAAUCGGACACAGGUCAACUAUGAAGUCCGGUCGGCCGAGGAAGUGACCGACGCGGUUAUGAAGAUGUUUGAUCAACUUCAAAGUGCCGAUAACAUUCCUGAAAUGGAACCCCCAUCACUUGUUACAACGUCAUUGCUCCGGCACCAGAAGCAAGCUUUGUGGUUUAUGACUGAGAAAGAACGUCCUCGCAAAUUUGGACCUAACGAGGAGGAUAACAAUUCUCUCUGGAGGCUAGAACAUCGUGCCAAUGGGGCCAAGAUAUUCCGAGAAGUUAUUAGCGGCACAACUGUUGAUCAGGAGCCACCGCAAAGUUUAGGGGGGUUGCUGGCCGAUAUGAUGGGUCUGGGAAAGACCCUAAGCAUCCUGUCUUUGGUUGUUUCCACGCUCACGGAGGCUCAGGAGUGGGCAAACAUGAUCCCGUCGCCGGAGCUGGUGAAGAGCCGGCCGGGUAUUCGGAACACGAAGACAACCCUUCUUGUGGUCCCUCUGAGCACCGUCAAUAACUGGGUUACGCAAAUUAAGGAGCAUUUGCAGGCAGACGCAGUUUCGUCAUACGUUUUUCAUGGUUCUUCCCGAACUACCAGUGUUGACGAGCUUUCCAAAUACGACUUGGUGAUUACAACGUACAGCAUUGUCCUUAGCGAACUUUCCGGUCGCGGCUCGAAGCGGGCAGGAGCCAGCCCAUUAACAAAAAUGAAUAUGUUCCGUAUUGUGUUGGAUGAGGCCCACACCAUUCGAGAGCAGAGCGCGGCUCAAACACAGGCAAUAUUCAGGUUGUACUCCCAGCGGCGCUGGUCAGUAACGGGCACUCCGAUACAAAACCGAUUAGAAGAUCUUCUCUCUGUUACCAAGUUUUUGGGUCUUUACCCGUAUGACGACAGGGGCCGAUUCGGCAUGCACAUUUUGAGCAGGUUCAAGACAGGAGAUGCCACGGUACUUGCUAGUCUGCGUGUCCUGGUCGAUUCAUUCACCCUCCGGCGUGUUAAGGACAAGAUUGAUCUGCCGCCACGACAUGAUAAAAUUGUGAUGCUCGACUUCAGCGAGCCCGAGAAACAGUUGCACGAAUUCUUCCGGAAAGAAUCGAACGUCAUGAUGCGGGUAAUUGCUGGCGAAGACAAGACCCAGAUGAAGGGACGAAUGUAUCAUCAUAUCUUGAAGGCUAUGAUGAUCCUCCGUCAGAUCAGUGCUCAUGGUAAGGAGUUGCUCGAUAGCGAUGAGCGAGCGCGGAUCAAGGGGCUGAGCGUGCAUGAUGCUAUUGACCUUGAGGAGGGCCCUAGCGAAGGCGCGGGUGCGACUGACAAGAAGGCGUACGAAAUGUUCACCCUGAUGCAAGAGUCAUCCGCGGACACAUGUGCCCUUUGCAGUAGGCGCUUGGAGGAACCAAAUACCGAGACAAACGGGGCUUCCAACCCCGGAAAGACCGAUACAAUGGCCAUUGUGCUUCCUUGUUUGGAUGUUUUGUGUGCGGAGUGUUUUUCAUCCUGGAAGCAAGCAUUCGAUAAUCAAGUAGGAGGCCCGGGCUCUUUCGAUAUAAAGUGCAAUGUCUGCGAUGGCUGGAUCCCGGCUUCGUACUCGAAAAUAACAGCAAAUGGCCUACAGGAGUACGUGAUGGAACAGGCUCGAGCAAAGCAGAGCCGAAAGCAAGCAAAAGUUCUAGGCGAGUACGAAGGCCCGCACACGAAGACCAACGCCCUCCUUUCACAUCUCCUAUCGACGGCAGAGGAGAGCGCGCAACUUCCCGAGAGCGAGCCACCACUUAAAAGCGUGGUAUUUUCCGCAUGGACAUCGCAUUUGGACCUGAUUGAGAUUGCGCUCCGAGAUCGAGGACUGACAGGAUAUACGCGGCUCGACGGAACAAUGACACUAGCAGCGCGUAACAAGGCGCUAGAUACUUUCCGCGACGACAAAAACAUAACAAUUCUUUUGGCAACAAUUGGAGCAGGCGGUGUUGGGCUCAACCUGACUGCCGCAUCUCACGUCUACGUAAUGGAGCCGCAAUACAACCCGGCCGCAGUGGCGCAAGCUAUUGACCGAGUACACCGACUCGGGCAGAACCGCGAAGUGACGACAGUUCAAUUCAUCAUGAAAGAAAGCAUAGAAGAAAAGAUCGCCGAGCUGGCUAAAAAGAAGCAACAGUUAGCGGACUUGAGCCUGAACCGGGGAAAACUUGAUAAAUCGGAGGUUCAAGAGAAGAGAAUGAGAGAAUACCGCACUUUAUUCAAGUGA